UAUUUCAAUUGAUAGACUAGCAAUUACUUCAUUCAAUCGUGAGAGCUUCCAACUCAUUGUUGUUUUUUUCUGUUGAAUGUUUAACCAAUAUUUUCUCUCUGAAUUUAUCACCUCUUUUGCUGUUCAACGAUGGACUUUGACAACGAUUUCCAACUUGUUAAUCCUGUGCAAAAUGAAGCCUUGUUUUCAGGUAACAAAUCAAUUGACGUGGAAACAUCAGCACAUUUUCCAGCUCUUUCAUUAGCCACUAUUGAAUCCAUGUUCACCUCGGAUUCACCUCAAACACCUGUGAACCAACAAUCGAAUAAACUGGAAGAUUUUUCUCACAAAAAAGACAGGUUACUCGAGAAUGGUCAAAUCAAGCUACUUACCCAAGCAAUUGACUCAUAUUACAACUCAACUUUGGAUCCACCUCCAUGCAACUCUUCGUCAAUGUCCAUCUCAACUGAUACACAUUCCCACUCAAAUAGACUCAACGAUAAUGUUGCGACAACAUCAACAUCACAGUAUUUAAAUUUAUUGGAAAACCAAGUGACAGGAAUUAGAAAUAAAGAUUCGGCAAAGAAUCAAACAAAGGAUUGGAGAAACAUUUGGAACUCUGAUACAGGGAAGAAGAUAUUGGCUGUUGAAUUUUCCCCAAUGAAUAUAAAGUCAGAAUUUUUAUCAACACAAACUAUGUUGGAUGGAUUUGAGUCAUUUGCUAUCCAAGAAGCCGUUUAUUCUGUACAUAGAAUUGUACAACAUAUAGUUGAAAAAGGAACCAGUGAGGAUAUUUUGAAUCAAUACAGAGCUGACUUGUACGCUGACCCUCGUCCAGUUGAUCUUGUACUUUCUUGUGAAAAGUCUCGAGCAUUCAGGAAGUUACAUUUAAAUGAUAAAAUUAUAUUGUUGAAAAACGCAUUCUUGGAUCUGCGUGCAUUGAAAGAAGUAACUGCUUAUAAUGCUUCAAUCAACGGUUGGUAUUUUGGCCAUAAAAUAUGCUCAAGAGAAAAAAUUCUCAAAAGAAGUCCAGAUUUGUUCAAAAAGAUUGUUCGUCUUAUGGAUAGUUUUCCAGAUCGUUUUAGAAUUGACAUCAAUGUUUGUUCAUUACUUUUUUUGAUUAUCAUCUUUAACGCUGAUUUGCACAAAUUGAAGUUCAGAAACCAAAUAAAAUCGGAACAGUACAUUUACAUUUAUUUAUUGAAACGAUAUUUGGUUUCAAGUAUUCAACCAACGUGUGAAGCCUUAGAGUAUUUUUACCAGCUGAUGGCUACAAUUGAAGAAAUUCGGACGCUAAGAAGAGGAAUGGAGCUAGACUUUGAUGACUACGGACCUGAUGGCUGUUAUGUGAUCAGAAAUCGAGUUGUUAGAUUAAUUGAGCUUGAAAGCAUUCAAUGGUGAUCAAAACUCGUUCCCAACAAUUAUUUCAGGGAUUAAUAUGCUUUCUUCGGGUUUUCAAACUUGUUCUUUCAGCAACCUAUUUGUAAAAUUGAAUACACUUACAGUUGAGAUCCAGGAUUUAUAACUGCCUUUUCUGGGCUCAAGAGUGUGCUUUUAUAGCUCAAAUGAUUGCCAAAAGUGGAAGUACCAUGGAUUGCAAGCAAACUAACCACCUUCGAGUUAAAAAUGCUAUUAGGGGGUCUCACGCAAAUCGAACCAAAUUUGUUAUUUUACUGAAUUUGAUCCUGAUUAUCGUAUUGAGAUGAAUUUCGGUAAUCAGUAUCUCGCGUAAUUCAAAUAUUUUUUGCAAUUAACAAAAAUUAAAUAUCUCAAUAAGUACAAGAGAUAUUUAAAUGCAAUUAAAAAAUCACAAAAAUUUACAUGUCCCAUUGAAUAACAUUGAUUUUAAUAAAAAAUACAGUUCAUGCAUAGGGUCCCCCCUUUGACCAUUUUUCAAAAUACAGCUCGUUUUUGAUUUUUGAUUUUUUGUCUUUUUUGAUUGCAUUUAAAUAUCUCUUGUACUAAUUGAGAUAUUUAAUUUUUGUUAAUUGCAAAAAAUAUUUGAAUUACGCGAGAUACUGAUUACCGAAAUUCAUCUCAAUACGAUAAUCAGAUCAAAUUCAGUAAAAUAACAAAUUUGGUUCGAUUUGCGUGAGACCCCCUAAUACAAUGAUAAUCGUUAUAUUAAUGGUUAUAAUGGUGAUACCAGCGGAUUUGUCUGAUUUGCGACCAGAAAAGUUUGUUUAUACUCGUGCAAAAAUGAACUCCAAUCUGAUUAGAAGCAAAAAGGUUUAUUUUGAUAGUGGAAAACUUAAUUUAACAACUUAUCGACUUAUGAAGAUUAAUAUUAUUUUAGAAAUGUACGUAGAAAUGAUUAUUCAAAUUAAAUUUCUGAUUUCCCCAACAACUA